AUGGAGGACGGUCCACGCGACGGACUCAGUCACGGUCUUGGACUUCCCUCUGAUUUCAGCAGUGAUGACGUCAAAGCGUACGCACUGGAAGACCUUGCCACUGCCGAGUACAAGAUACGUCUAGUCCACGCUUAUGCGCUCCUCCAGGAGACCCGUAGAUCCGUGAAGCACACGGCAGCUUACCUCAGCGACAAAAUCAGGCACACGGACAACACCCAGCAGCACAAUACACGCGCCCAGAAGCUCGUCACGCAGGAGCGCAACAUGGCAAUGCUGCUUUCAGCACGCUUCAACCACAACAUCUCCCGUGUCAUCCAUCUGCGCAGCGUUCUCGGACUCACAGUCGACCCCCAAUCGAUGGAAGGUCGUCUGCGCCCAAUGGUCCCCGACGAUCUUCACGUUCGCAACUUGGUGGCGCCUGUCAAUCACACCGCCGAUGCUCAUGUCUCAUGGAUAUGGAGCGAGAACUGUAAGUUAAUGCCAUUUGGAUUGCCGCCGAUGAUCUCACUGACCUUGUCACAACCAGUCGAUCAAACACACUGGCAGCGCGUCCGUAAUGAGAAGGUACGGGCAGACGUGUGGGUGAACACCACGUGCGCAGAUCUACGCCACUAUCGGGAUGGUUGCGCCUGCAUGUCUAGAUGCUGGGAGGCAGCGGUCAUGGCCCCGAACACAUCCUUGGGAUCUCGCGCAUACGCUUAUCAACAAGCUGACAUGUACAAGAAACUUCAAGAUACUUGUCAAAAGGCGUAUCAAGACGCACUCCCUAUGGGCUGGAAUACCGAGGAGCUUGACCACAGUAGCGUAAGUGGCUCAGCCAAUCUUGCCGUUGCCACUGUCAUGCUCAUACGGUGGUCGACGACAGUCCCUCCGCGAAGCGCUCGAAGAAGUCAUGCCCGGUAUCAACAUCGACGAAUAUGA